AUGGGGCGCCCCAUAGGUGAUGAUCCAGCUCCAGAGAGGAUCAACACAGAGGUGGACAGAACCUACAGCAGCAGCCUGGUACAAGCAGAGCCCGGCCAGCAGACCUACAGCAGCAGCCUGGUACAAGCAGAGCCCGGCCAGCAGACCUACAGCAGCAGCCUGGUACAAGCAGAGCCCGGCCAGCAGACCUACAGCAGCAGCCUGGUACAAGCAGAGCCCGGCCAGCAGACCUCCACCAGCAGCCUGGUACAAGCAGAGCCCGGCCAGCAGACCUCCACCAACAGCCUGGUACAAGCAGAGCCCGGCCAGCAGACCUUCACCAGCAGCCUGGUACAAGCAGAGCCCGGCCAGCAGACCUACAGCAGCAGCCUGGUACUAGCAGAGCCCGGCCAGCAGACCUCCACCAGCAGCCUGGUACAAGCAGAGCCCGGCCAGCAGACCUCCACCAGCAGCCUGACCUCCACCAGCAGCCUGGUACAAGCAGAGCCCGGCCAGCAGACCUCCACCAACAGCCUGGUACAAGCAGAGCCCGGCCAGCAGACCUUCACCAGCAGCCUGGUACAAGCAGAGCCCGGCCAGCAGACCUACAGCAACAGCCUGGUACAAGCAGAGCCCGGCCAGCAGACCUCCACCAACAGCCUGGUACAAGCAGAGCCCGGCCAGCAGACCUCCACCAACAGCCUGGUACAAGCAGAGCCCGGCCAGCAGACCUCCACCAGCAGCCUGGUACAAGCAGAGCCCGGCCAGGAGACCUCCACCAGCAGCCUGGUACAAGCAGAGCCCGGCCAGCAGACCUCCACCAGCAGCCUGGUACAAGCAGAGCCCGGCCAGGAGACCUCCACCAGCAGCCUGGUACAAGCAGAGCCCGGCCAGGAGACCUCCACCAGCAGCCUGGUACAAGCAGAGCCCGGCCAGCAGACCUCCACCAGCAGCCUGGUACAAGCAGAGCCCGGCCAGCAGACCUACAGCAGCAGCCUGGUACAAGCAGAGCCCGGCCAGCAGACCUCCACCAGCAGCCUGGCACAAGCAGAGCCCGGCCAGCAGACCUCCACCAGCAGCCUGGUACAAGCAGAGCCUGGCCAGUAG